GCUAGAACAAGUGAAAAUUAUUUAACAUCUGUUUGUUUCAAGUUCAAAACAAACAUGACCUCCAGCAUAAUAAUAAUUCAUAUUUCUGUCAAUGCCAAUUGUUGGUCCUUUUUAAUAGUAACAAAUGCAGAUCAUACAGCUGUCUUUGGUUGCACUGUUAUGUGUACCAUAUAUAGUUUGCAUAGAAAACCAAAACAAUGAUCCAACUACACAAGAUAAGAUUGUCAAUUUGAAUGAGGCCGUUGUAUGCGACUGUGGAUUUGAAGAUGAAAACCAUAAUAUAUGGUCUAGUGUUUGGUAUGCAGACUACAGUCUCUACAAGUCUAAUUUACAAUAUGAUCCCCAUUAUUUGGUAAUGGAUUAUACCGUGGAUGCAAAACACAACGACACUCUUGAAAGAGUAUUUUCUCCCGGUAAUGUAAAAAUGAACCAAAAUGGUGGUAUUGUCUUGUCUGUCAAAAAGGGAAUGAAUGGAAAGUAUUCUUCUGCAGCCAUUGGCACUAGAAGAAAGGACUUUUUGUAUGGUACAUAUCGCGCUCGAUUAAAGAUAAGUGAUGUGCCUGGUACUGUGGCUGCCUUCUUUUUUUAUCGCAACGAUACAAGUGAAAUUGAUAUUGAAUCGUUGAGUCGUUUCAAAAAUCCUUACAAGUCAUAUUUUGCAAUCCAACCUCAGAUAUAUGAACAUGGUGUAGCAUCACCACUGACAAAUGAAAAGCAUAAUUUGGAAUUUAAUCCAACUCAGGACUAUCAUGAAUACAGAUUUGAUUGGGUACCUGGUUCAGUGAAGUUCUAUAUUGAUGGCAAUCUUAUUCGUGAGAUGACAACAAAUGUCCCAAAUUCACCCGGUCGCGUCCUACUCAAUCACUGGACAGAUGGCAACCCUAAUUUCAGUGGGGGACCUCCUCCAGAAGAUGCAGAUUUGGAUGUCUCUCAAUUAAAUAUCUUUUUCAAUUCUUCAGAAUCAACAAAUUCUCUUUCAUGUCAAAAAUCCAAAUCGCCUUGUCAAAUCUCAGAUAUAAUGAGCAAGAAUCUUUUACCUGGUAGUGAAGUCACCCAAUCUGAUGCAAAGUUGAUGAGACCGUAUUUCUCCGUAUCUUGCCUUCUCAUUGCGAUCUUAAUCCAUUUGCUAGCUUAAGCUUUUGACAUUGUUAUACGACUUAUAGUCUACUAUAAAUAAAAAUAAAAUAGCAUGAUGGACUAUCUAUCGAUUCAUCAGAUUCUAGAAAACUA